AUGGGUCUCGGCGCACAGAAACGCCGCACCAAACUCUCCGCCGACCCCAACAACACCGCUUGGUCCCGCUCCACCACCUCUUACGGCCACCGCAUCCUCUCCUCCCAAGGCUGGUCCCCCGGUUCCUACCUCGGUGCUGAAGACGCCCCACACUCUGAGCACUACACCGCCGCCAAUGCGUCUCAUAUUCGAGUGUUGCUGCGAGAAGACAAUCUUGGUUUGGGAGCACAGGUUGGUGGGAACGCCGAGACGUUUGGGUUGAGUCUGUUCUCUGGGGUGCUGGGGCGAUUGAAUGGGAAGAGUGAGGUCGAGUUGGAAGAUGAGAGGGAGAGGGAGAGGGAGUGGGAGGGUAGGAGAAGGUAUGGGGCGAUGGGAUUCGUGAGUGGGGGGUGGUUAGUGGGGAGUGAGGUUGUGCCGAGUAUCAAGAAGGUGGAGGAGAGAGGGUCAGAUGGGAGAGAUGAUGGCAAGACGAAGAAGCGGAAGAUCCCGGACGAAGAGGAUGGCGCGAAUGCUGCGGUGGUGACAGCGAAGAAGCAGAAGAAGCGCAAGACCGAAGUAGAGCAGCUAGCCGCCGCAAAUGUCGAAAAGGACGCGGAGAGGGCGAAGCGAAAGGAGAAGAAGCAGAAGAGGAAGAAAGCCGACCAAAAACAGCUUGGUACGGACGAAUCCAACUCAGCGAAGAACACAACAAACGAUAAAGCCGUCCGAAAGCAAGAAAAGCGCGCCCGCAAAGAAGAGCGGCGGAAACGUAAAGAGGAACGACGGCUGCGAAAUGAAGCGAAAGCUCUGCGAAAGUCGAAAUCCGACGAAGCACCAGAAGCGUCAGAAGUUCCGCCAGAACCAUCGCCCGUACAACGACAGGCUGCUCCAGCCAGCAUGGGCAACAGACAAGCCGUACGUCAACGGUACAUCCAGCAGAAGCGCAUGGCAUCUAUGGAUCCGCGGGCAAUGCAGGAGAUUUUCAUGGUCAAGGCGGCUGGAUGA